GUGAAUCGAGGCCAGAAAGUGUGAGGAUGACAAAGAGGAAGAGACUGAUUGCUCGGACCCCACGAUAUUACUACGAUCUUUAGCAAUUCACGCGAGGGAAUGCAAAACAUGGACGACGAUCGAACCAUAGAGGAAGUCCCGGAAUUCCCCAUCCUCGCCCUGAGAACGCUCUUCACUUUGUCAUGGCUCGCCAUCACAGUCAUCUUCACAUUCUCUUCAGAAACUGAGUACACUCCCCCUGUCGCAUACCCGAUCUGCGGUCCCGUGCUUGGCAUCGAAGGAACUGUCGAAGACCAAUCUCUUCACAUCUACUAUGGCAUCCCUUACGUGCGUCCGGCCUUACUCCAGAACCGCUUCCGGAAGGUUUCCGUCAUGACGAAUCCUUGGCCUUUCCUUCUGGACGCUAGGGAUAUGCCUCGUCCCUGCCCACAACUUUCGCGAAAUGUUGGCAAACUCACCAUCGAUAAUAGUAACUCAAGCGAAGACUGUCUCUAUCUCAACAUUUAUGUGCCGUCGCGCAAGGUCGCAGAACGUGAUGUCGCCUUCCCCAUUAUCAUCAUCGUUCACGGCGGUGGAUACUAUUCUGGUUCAAACUCAUUUCCAUUUUACGAUGGCAAAUAUAUCGCUGCGUACGGUAAAGCCAUGGUAGUGGUACCAAACUACCGUCUCGGAAUAUUCGGCUUCUUCAGCUCAUCCACUGGAGACGCCCCUGGAAACCAAGGUCUCUCGGAUGUCUAUUUUGCUCUUCGCUGGGUCAAAAACAAUGCUGCAGCAUUCGGAGGAAAUACGAGUACAGUCACUCUUCUGGGACACGACGUCGGAUCAGCGCUUAUUGGUCUUCUAAACACUAUCCCCGGUGCAUCAGAUCUGUUCCAGAGGGUUAUCAUGCUGAGUGGGUCUCCGUACAUGCGUUAUUUACAGAAUAGAGGCAGAGACACAGUUCAGGAGAAGAAAAAUCUUCUUGAUCAUCUCGGUUGUUCUAACGUUGCCAAGCCCUUGGAGUGCAUGCGGGGUAAGCCGCAGAAGGAAAUCAUGGAUCUUGUUAGCAGGGUGGCUCAGUGGCAGACAAUGUAUGUACCUCUUCAGUUUGAGAACUUGCAAGUUGAUCCAGGCACAGCGCUGGAGAAGAUACCCAUAAAGAAGGAUAUGCUGAUUGGAACAACUGAGAAUGGAGGAGCGUACUUCGCAAAUUUUUUCCUGGAGUUGCACUCAGUGUACGACGUCACCAGUCUAGACAGAGAGAGCAUACGUGCCCACAUGAAGACGGCCAUAGAAAUGUUGGGUAUUCGGAAUGCCGACAUCAUCUUGGAGCAUUACGACAGCAGCCUAAGCAAAGCCGCUCAACCCAUGAGUGUGUUCGCACAAGCGAUGUCCGACAUAAUUCUCAAUUGUCCCAUGAGUCGAUUUGCAAGAGAUUCAGUGGGAGAGAAUCAAGUUUACGUGUAUGUGUUCAAUCUCAAUCCACGCUAUAGAACGGCAGAUACGGCAGGAUAUCCGGACGAUGUCUACUUCUUCGUGGGCUUCACGCUAGGUGCUCCUACGACCGUUCUGACGACAACUGCAAAUGAAAAGGCGCUCACUAAGGAACUGAUCAAGUCAUUGGUUAGCUUUGCAGUUACAGGCGUACCGGGAGAGAUCAACAACAUUACGUGGCCGCGUUUUACUAAAGAAGAGAACUCUCAUCUUUACAUCGGUGACCAUGUCACGCCGGCCCUUCGAUACCGAGAAAAAACCUGCCAGAAGCUUAGGGAAGCUCUGUUUUCUCGUGAAUAAACUCGUUAAACA